AUGGCCGCCCAGAUCGAGGUCGGCCCCCAUGGCUCCCCCCAGCUCGAGGUCAGCCCCCAUGGCCAUGGCACCUCCUCCUCCUUGCCCACGGGCGCGCCGCACAGCCCCACCCGCCCCUACACCGCCGAGCUCCUCCGCCCGCCCCCCACGCCGGCAGCUCCGCCCGCCCGCCCCCGCGCCGACGAGCUCGGUAGCGCCGGUGCUCCGCCCGCCCCCGCCCCCGCGAGCUCGGCCUCGCGGCCGUCGCCCACGCCCCCGCGGACGGAGCCGAGAUGGCGUCGAAGUGGGUUGGAGUGGUCCGCUCGAUUUGAGCGGACCACUCCGACCCGCAUCUGA